GCCGGGGCCGCCCCGUCGGUGCGUGCCGGAGCCCAUGAAUUGCUCCGUGAGCGCCCGGCGAGGCUGCGCCGCGGCCGCGGGCUCCGGGCACCAUGCAGAAGAGCGUGCGGUACAACGAGGGGCACGCCCUGUACCUGGCGCUGCUGGCCCGCAAGGAGGGCACCAAGCGCGGCUACCUCAGCAAGAAGACGGCGGAGACCAACCGCUGGCACGAGAAGUGGUUCGCCCUCUACCAGAACGUGCUCUUCUACUUCGAGGGCGAGCAGAGCGCCCGCCCCGCCGGCAUGUACAUGCUGGAGGGCUGCAACUGCGAGAGGGUGCCCGCUCCCAAGGGAUGCGCCGCGGGCAGCGCCAAGGAUGCCGCGCUGGACAAGCAGCAUUACUUUACUGUUCUCUUUGGCCAUGAGGGGCAGAAGCCACUGGAGCUGCGUUGUGAGGAUGAGGUUGAUGGAGAUGAGUGGGUAGAAGCUAUUCACCAAGCAAGCUACUCGGACAUCCUGAUUGAGCGGGAGGUGCUGAUGCAGAAGUACAUCCACCUGGUGCAGAUCGUGGAGACCGAGAAGGUGGCGGCCAACCAGCUCCGGCACCAGCUGGAGGACCAGGACACGGAGAUCGAGAGGCUCAAGUCGGAGAUUGUAGCACUGAAUAAAACAAAGGAAAAAAUGCGACCUUAUCAAGGCAACCAGGAAGAUGAAGAUCCAGAUAUUAAAAAAAUUAAGAAGGUUCAGAGCUUUAUGCGGGGCUGGCUGUGCAGAAGAAAAUGGAAAACCAUUGUCCAAGACUAUAUUUGUUCUCCUCAUGCAGAGAGCAUGAGGAAGAGGAACCAGAUAGUUUUCAACAUGGUGGAGGCCGAGUCUGAGUACGUGCACCAGCUUUAUGUCCUGGUGAACUGCUUCCUGCGGCCCCUGAGGAUGGCAGCGAGCUCCAAGAAGCCUCCCAUCAGCCACGACGACGUCAGCAGCAUUUUCCUCAACAGUGAAACAAUCAUGUUUCUUCAUGAGAUAUUUCACCAGGGCUUAAAAGCAAGAAUAGCUAACUGGCCUACCUUAAUUCUAGCUGACUUAUUUGACAUUCUGCUGCCAAUGCUGAACAUAUAUCAAGAAUUUGUUCGGAAUCAUCAAUAUAGCCUACAAGUGCUGGCAAACUGUAAGCAAAACAGAGAUUUUGACAAACUCUUGAAGCAAUAUGAAGCCAACCCAGCAUGUGAGGGCAGAAUGCUGGAAACUUUCCUUACCUACCCCAUGUUUCAGAUUCCCAGAUACAUUAUAACACUUCAUGAACUUUUGGCUCACACACCUCACGAACACGUUGAGAGAAAAAGCCUUGAAUUUGCUAAAUCUAAACUAGAAGAACUUUCAAGAGUGAUGCACGACGAGGUGAGUGACACAGAGAACAUCCGUAAGAACCUGGCCAUAGAGAGGACCAUAGUGGAGGGCUGUGACAUACUGCUAGACACCAGCCAAACCUUUAUCCGCCAAGGUUCCCUUAUUCAGGUCCCCUCAGUUGAGAGGGGAAAGCUGAGUAAAGUUCGCCUGGGCUCGCUGUCUUUGAAGAAAGAAGGAGAAAGACAAUGCUUCUUGUUUACAAAACACUUCUUAAUUUGUACAAGAAGUUCAGGAGGAAAACUGCAUCUUCUUAAGACAGGAGGUGUUCUGUCUCUGAUAGAAUGCACACUGGUCGAGGAGACAGAAGCGAGUGAUGAUGAUUCCAAAGGUUCUGGGCAGGUGUUUGGACACCUGGAUUUCAAGCUGAUAGUGGAGCCCGCGGAUGCUCCUCCUUUCACUGUUGUGCUUUUGGCCCCGUCACGGCAGGAGAAAGCUGCAUGGACAAGUGACAUCAGCCAGUGCAUUGAUAAUAUAAGGUGCAAUGGAUUAAUGACAAUAGUGUUUGAAGAAAACUCCAAAGUCACAGUGCCACAUAUGAUCAAAUCUGACGCCCGUCUUCACAGAGAUGACAUCGAUAUUUGCUUCAGCAAGACGCUGAAUUCCUGCAAAGUCCCCCAAAUCCGCUACGCGAGCGUGGAGCGCCUCUUGGAGCGGCUGACGGACCUGCGGUUCCUGAGCAUCGACUUCCUCAACACCUUCCUGCACACCUACCGCAUCUUCACCACCGCCGCCGUGGUCCUGGAGAAGCUCUCCGACAUCUACCGGCGGCCCUUCACCUCCAUUCCUGUCAGGUCUUUGGAGCUGUUCUUUGCCACCAGUCAGAACAACAGAGGGGAGUACCUGGCUGAUGGCAAGUCGCCGCACCUCUGCCGCAAGUUUUCCUCUCCUCCUCCCCUGUCCCUCUCCAGGACCUCCUCCCCCGCCAGGACCCGCAAACUGUCCCUGACCUCCUCGCUGAACUCCAGGAUCGGUGCCCUCGACCUCUCAGCCUCGUCUGUGGCCAGCAGUCCUACCUCAAACUACAGCCCGGCCACGUCGCCGCCGCCCACGGGCAGCAAGGCGCCGCUGGACCUGAGCCGGGGGCUGUCGUCCCCCGAGCAGAGCCCGGGCUCGACCGAGGACAGCCUGGAGAACCCACGCCUGGACCUCUGCAACAAGCUGAGGAGGAGCAUCCGCAGAGCAGUUCUGGAAACUGUGUCAGUGGACAGGACCAUUCCUGAGAGCACCUCAGUGGUGGACACUGCAGAGCUGUCCCCGUGCAGGUCCCCUUCGACGCCGCGUCACCUCCGCUACCGGCAGCCGGGAGUGCAGACUGCUGACAACAGCCACUGCUCAGUGUCUCCUGCUUCUGCUUUUGCCAUUGCCACAGCUGCAGCUGGGCACGGGAGCCCGCCAGGGUUCAACAACUCGGAGCGCACGUGCGACAAGGAGUUCAUCAUCCGCAGGGCCGCCACCAACCGCGUGCUCAACGUGCUGCGCCACUGGGUCUCCAAACACUCACAGGAUUUUGAGCUGAACAACGAGCUCAAAAUGAAUGUGUUAAAUUUGCUGGAGGAAGUUUUGAGAGACCCUGACCUUCUGCCACAAGAAAGGAAAGCUACUGCAAACAUACUGAGGACUCUUUCUCAGGAUGAUCAAGAUGAUAACCAUUUGAAAAUAGAGGAUAUCAUUCAGAUGCCAGACUGCCCCAAGCCCGAGUGCUUCGAGACGCUGUCGGCCAUGGAGCUGGCGGAGCAGAUCACCCUGCUGGACCACGUCGUGUUCCGCAGCAUCCCCUACGAAGAGUUCCUUGGUCAGGGCUGGAUGAAAGUGGAUAAAAAUGAGAGAACGCCCUAUAUUAUGAAAACUAGUCAACAUUUCAAUGAUAUGAGCAACCUGGUGGCCUCCCAGAUCAUGAGCUACGCCGACGUGCCCUCGCGGGCCGGCGCCAUCGAGAAGUGGGUGGCGGUGGCCGACAUCUGCCGCUGCCUGCACAACUACAACGGCGUGCUGGAGAUCACCUCGGCCCUCAACAGAAGUGCCAUCUACAGGCUCAAGAAAACCUGGGCAAAGGUGUCCAAACAGACAAAGGCACUCAUGGACAAGCUUCAGAAGACUGUGUCAUCUGAGGGAAGAUUUAAAAACCUGAGAGAAAUGCUCAAAAACUGUAACCCACCUGCUGUUCCCUACCUUGGGAUGUACCUGACCGACCUGGCAUUUAUUGAGGAAGGAACACCCAACUUCACUGAGGAAGGCCUUGUCAAUUUCUCCAAAAUGAGAAUGAUCUCACACAUCAUCAGGGAAAUCCGCCAGUUCCAGCAGACCUCCUACCGCAUCGAGCACCAGCAGAAGGUCACUCACUACCUGCUGGACAAGACCCUCAUCAUCGACGAGGACACCCUGUACGAGCUGUCCCUGAAGAUCGAGCCCCGGCUCCCCGCCUGAGCCCUGCACAGCCCUGCAGACAGCUCUGGGACAGGGCAACCACGCCUGCCACCACCUAAACACAGCCAGAGAAACUCUCACAAGUGUGCCAGCUCUCUUUUCUAAUAAGAGAUACAGAGUCUCACUGCCUUUCCCUCUCAGGCAACACAAACCAGUGUGGGAGGUGAAAGGCAAAGACCUUUCCUGCCCGGCUUAAGCGAUGUCUGCUUUGCAAAGAUCAUGUUUGGCACUAGGGACCAUGAUUUCCUGGAAAACAGGAGACUUUCCUGUGAACAGGCGCUCACUGCAGCCACCUCACGUGGCAAAUCAAGGGUACAGAUUUAAAUGGUGGUAAUAGACUCAGGUGUGUUAGGAUAAAUAAGCGAAGUGAGGUGGCUGGGUUGAUGGCUAGCUAUGCGUUCACUGAGGCAGUAAUGGCUGUGGUGUUCUCAUUGUGUUAAUUUCGUUGAAAAAGCAGGAUUUUAGCACUCAUCUGCUACUUUGGAGUGAUAUUAAGACAGCAUCUAGUAACUUCUGGUCUGCAGUUGUUUCAAAUACCUGCUGUACAUUUAAUGCUACUCGUUGCAAAACACUUUCUUAUUUAAAUGUCUCGUCAGCCUUUUCUAAGGUGACUGAUUGUAUCUGUACAAAUGAUUUGUAGAUAUGUUUUUCAUCAGUGAGAGUAUUUACAGCAUGGAAAGCAAAUUCACUGGUGGAAUAGUUGUGAAUAGUUGUAAAUAGUUGCCAGCUGGGAGGGUGAGGGACCCAGAGGGGUGGUGCAGGGGAUGGGGAGUUGUGUUGCACACAGCUCUGCAAGAGGCACCUUAUUUUCCUGCAGCUUCUCUGACAAGUCAGGCUACAGAGCACACUCUGGACACACUGUGGAGAGAAAUACUUGUCUGUCUGGCAGCAGGUGGUGAUCAGCAGUGAACACUUGGAGCUGCAGUGACAGUUUCGUUUUACGUGGAAUCAGUGGUUUGAAAAACGUCUGUUUUUUGGUGUUUUGGCGUUUGUUUUUGUUUUUGUUCAGCCAUUUGGCGUUGACUUAGCUGCAAAACUGAAAGUGUCAGUGGCAAACAUUGAAUGCCAGCAAACACAACGUAUGUAUUUCUGCAUACUGGUAACUAUCACUUGCUUUUGUUUGAGAAAAUGUGCUUUUUGUAAAUGUCUUCAGAGCCUCUGCUUUUGUGGCAUACCAGGUGGACAGAUGUAAUUUCUACAGUAGUUGUUGUACUUCUUGUAUUUUCCUCAUCAAGAGUGGCCUGUUGUAGCUGCAUGGGAAGUGAGCUCAAAUGCUGUGAAGGGCAUCAUAGUAUAAACCACAGGUGUUAGCACUGUUGAAAACAAAAAUUGGCUGGAAAAGUGUCCUUACUUUUCCAAUGAUACUCAGCCAGUUGAAGAAAUAGGGCUAUCUCACCGUUUACCUCCCUUAAAUCCUCUCAGGGAGACAGAUGUUUAAAACAGAUUGUGACUUAGGCCUAUUUGAUCUGACAUAUCUUACACAGUCGUGAUGCUUCUUAACGCUGGCAAUGAAAAAUGGACCUGCCUGGCUUGUGGUUUUUUGUCUUUAUUUGCACUUUAAUUACAUUGCUGGCCCAGCCCAGAGCUGCACAACGAGUUCCAUUUGUUCUGUCUGAGUGUGAGCGCCAGCAUCUACAAAUGUACCUUAGCAACUGCAAAUUUCAUUAAGGUCCUUCUCCACAAGGACCAUCUCCUUGUAAAUAACUGCAUGGGGAGGUGUCACAGAGACUGGAAAAUUCCUCCAUUAGAAAAGCAGACAGCAGGAGAGAAGGACGUGCUAGGAACACUUUAAAUAGUUCUGGCUGAUGAUUGCUGUGGAAAUGUUACUUAUAGAAUCUUCUUGUUGUUAAAAAAAAUGUGUUUGUUUCUUUUGGCUAAUGAUUGACAAGAAGCUGAUUGCAUCCCAGUGCAUGAUAUGAGGAGAAAAAAAAAAGAGCAUGGUUUAUUUGGACCACAAAACCAACUGACUGUGUAUUCUCUGUACAAAAGCAGUUACUGCUCAGUAGCUUCAUAAAACACUUGGAAGUAAUGGAGCAACAGGGAAAGUGUGGUCCAAAAAGUGAUUUCUGACGUUGUUUCUAUUGUUUCCUUGUUAACAAAGAAGGCGUGUUACAGCUGUCAGUGUGAACGUGCAUCUCUGUUGUACGCUGUGAAGUGCUGCUUUGUCUGCCUGUGCCCGGUUUUACCAAAUCUCGGUGUUGUUAGGGUCACAGGGUGCAGAUCCUCGUCGUGCUCCUGUCAGAGCUCCUUGCUGUGUGCUUCACACGUGUGUGCUGCGUUCAGGGCUGGCUCGCAGGGCUGUGCUGUGCCCGUGUGGCCGGGGGGGACACGGGGGCAGGGCAGGGCUGGAAAUCACUGGAAAUGUGCUGGUCCAACCCCGUUUGGGGUCCUGCUCACAUGCCAAAGGUUGCCUCUUGCCCCAGCGGCCAGUUUAGGUCAGAAUCGGGAGAGUCGGAUGCUUGAUCUGUGUUCGUAGCAGCAGCAGCAGCAGCAGCAAAAUUGUUUAACACUUACUACGGCUGCAGUAAUGUUUGACUUGCUGAUGGCUUCAUGUCGAUGUUUUUGCUUGGGGAUACAAUGCUUUUGUCAAAGCACAGGGAAAAGCGAGCCGCAGCCCUCGGCGGGGCUGCAGCCCGCGGGCACAGCUGGAACAGCUGUUCUGCAGCCGCUGGCGCUGGGCUGCGGCUGUCAGCCGGCAGCAGCUCCCGCUUUCUGUGAGGCUUCGCCUUGUCCCGCUGCCACCAGCGCAGCCCGCAGGGACGCAUCUCGCUCACCGCACCUCGCCUCUGCUCUCUGGGGAGCCCGGCUCCCGGAGGACGCUGCGCUCUCGCUGUUUUUUGGGAUCUUCCCGCAGCUUCUCGGGCCGCGGGAGCAGGGCAGCCCGGCGGAGGGAGCAGGGCAGCCCCGCGGGCAGGAUGCCCUGGGCGCAGAAGGGCCGAAGCGCCUCUCCACUUGCCUUGUGAGCCCCCGGCCUGCCGGCAGCGGGCGGGGGCUGCUCCCAGCCCGGCGGGGCCGGGCGGCCUUGGGGAUAAAGCAUUUCCAGCCGCUGCUCCGCUCCGGGCCGGGCCCCGCAUGUGUAGCAGCCCGGACGGGACCCCCGGGAGCCGGGCAGCAGCACAGACACGUCCCCUCCCGCGACGGAGAGCGUUCGUCACUCGCUGACACAGGGUUAGAGUUGCCUUCACCCCCAGCCUUCACCCUCUGCCCCCGGAGCCAGCAGCGUUGUUGGUGACCGAGCCCCCGAGCGCUCGCCGUGUCGGGGAGAACCCCUGGAUUCACAGCGGCGCUGUGUGUUCCGUGUGUCCCUUUCCUCUGGCUCGUCCUGUGACACACGGACACGCAGCUUCGCGGUGAGAGGUGGCAAGUGGCACUGGUCACCCUGAUUUCGGGGUAAGGAGGAGGUCCCCCGUCCUCUUUCCGCUUUCCUAGUUUUCAGUGCUGAUUAUUGUUCUGUAGGACAAAAAGGAACUUAAUUAUUUUAAUUAUUUAUUAAUUUAAAGCGUGUUGAUUUUGAUUUCAGAACAUGUUAAUUAUCCCAGAUUUUCCUUCAUGUGUGUUAUUUAUUUUAAGGGUUUUACAAAGACAUUGUUUUGUUUGUAUCGACAUUCGGUCUUUCAUCCUUUCACUCUCAGCAGCAACGCUAAACCCUGAUGAGUUACAACUCUCACCCAUUGUGACAUUUUUACCUGCUCAUAAUUUCACUCACCAAGGGCAAAACCCUUCAGACCUCAUUCUGAUAAUACCUUAGGCUUCACCGAGAGCUUUUCAUAAGUCUUUGGGGAUCUGGCUCUCAGCUAUUUGCCUGUUACAGUGUUUGCCUCCAAAGGUCAAAUGUCUCUGUCUAGGAUGCUUCAUGUCCAAAAUGCUGCUCAGUGAAGGUUGUUCUGUUGUACCUGAGGUAGUCUCUGAAGUUCUGUUACCUAGGGCAGUAGAUGUGUGUUUAUUUGACAGAUGUACCUGUAUGGAACGUGUUGCUUAGUGCACAAUCCAGAUGUUUUUGCAUGUAUUGCAACUUCUCUUCUGACCCGAGGUUAUUGCUUUGUAUUGUUAGUAAAGCAUACCAGGCCAGCUGUUUUGCCUGUGUGCUAAUAAACAUCCUUUUCUUUCCUGA